AUGGGGUCCGAGUACGGUAUUACGGUCGAGUCCAAACCUCAGAUCGAUCUCGGCCCCGUCACCAUCUGGUGGGUUGUCUGGGCAUGUGUCUGGACAUCCACCCUCGUCGCCGGUAUGAUCUAUCUGAUCAUAAACCGGGAUAUGCCGACACUUCGUAUUAGAGGUCUCGCUCUAUCACUUACUUCAAUUGUCAUCCUUCAUUUAUACUGGAUCCCGACCCAGUUUGCCACGAUGAUUGGCGCCCUCUUGCCUGGUGAUUGCGGAUAUUGGCUGAUGGGGACCUUGCUGCCCUGUGGCAUGGCGCUAUUUCAUGGCUCCAACACUCGUUUUCAACAUGUCGCAAAGCUCCAGAGAAAGUAUGCUCUGGACGGCUACCGUUUUACUGAAUCGCCUGCCGGGGAGCGCAAGGAUGGGUUGAUCAAUCGUUUCCGUGGUCUGAGAUAUACCACCAAGAUUCUUAUUUACGUUGCUAUCGCAAUGUUCGCUCAGGUCUUCCUCACUAUCCUCAUGUGGGUCAUCUCCCGCAAGUAUCAUAGCUCAUGGGGUAUUCCCGGCACCGAAGUUCAUGGUACCCCUGCGGAAGUGCUCGUGGCACAAGGUGCAGGAUGGGAAUGGUGGCCUGGUGUAGUCUCGCAGUUUUUCUGGUCUUGGGUAGUUGCCCCUAUUGUCCUCUGGAAGUCUCGCAACAUCCACGAUACCCACGGCUGGCGAGUCCAGACCAUUGGCUGCGCUGUUUCCAACCUUCACGCUACCCCGAUGUGGCUUAUCGCCCUCUACGUUCCUGCCAUGGCCCCAGUCAACGCCGUCUGGGUUCCUCCUCAAUGGAUCUGCCUAUCAAUCAUGUUUAUCGAAAUCUUCACAGUCUUCCUCCCCUGCUGGGAAGUAAUGCGCCACCAAUCCCUCCGACAAGAAACCCUCGAGUCGAUCGCACGCUGGGAACAGAAAGUCAAAUCCACCGGCUCGGAAGAAAAGUCCCUGAAUUCCGACAUGACAAUGGUAUCAUCUAUGAUGUCAGGCUGGCGAUCGAACAGCUCGACAAGCACACUCAACUCUCGCGACAGCAUCCUCACAAUGGGCGCCUUGGAGCACGUCCUCGAGCGCAACCCAGCUCCACUACAAGAAUUCUCCGCGUUGCGCGAGUUCUCCGGCGAGAACAUCGUUUUCCUCACCAGCGUCGCCGAAUGGCGCAGUCGACUCCCCUCAUCCAUCAAAGACGGCACCGCUCUACAAGAAAAGAGCAAGCGCGACAUUCUCCGUCAACACUUCAACCGCGCGCUCCACAUCUACGCUGAGUUUAUCAGCGUUCGCCAUGCCGAGUUCCCCGUCAACAUCUCGCACCAGGAUCUGCGAAAGCUAGAAGAGGUUUUCGAGAAACCGACGCGUCUUGUGUACGGCGAGGAGCGCGACUGCGACCCUGCUAGUCCGUUCGAUAAAUUCACUUUCGAUGUGCCUUUGCCAUCGCCGGUUUCUACGGACUCUGGAAAAACUAUGCUGGCUGAAAUGACGGGAUCGAUUAAAGACCGCGUGCAGUACUGGGGUGAUAUUCCUGCGGACUUUGGGGCUUCGAUCUUUGAUGCUGCUGAGGCUAGUAUUAAGUACCUUGUGCUUACGAAUACUUGGCCUAAGUUUAUUAAGGAUCGGAGGAAUUCGCUUGGUUCGAUUGAGAAUCUCAAGGGAAUUGAGGUUUAA